AGAAACGUUCCUCUCAGCACGAGACACAGGAGCGCGUGGUUUGGUCCGUGAUUUUGCCCAUCGGACCGCCGCUGCCAGAGCAGGGCAUCGGUUUUCACACUGCAAAAGUGUUUCAGAGUGAGGAAGACGGUUUACUCUUACUGAAUCUGAACAAGAGGCUAAAGCUAACCACGCAGCCGUUCUAGGAUGUCGGGAACUCGGGGCUGAGCAAACGCCCACGGCGGAAACGACUGACGGCUCAUUUAUUAUUGCUGUUAUAGUAACAGCGGUUUGAUUGACAAGUCAGACUGCAAUAACUACUAAAGCCUGCAAGGCGUAAUGAGAAGUGGGUUACUUCGUUGAUGACGUCGAGUUCUAAAGCAGUCACGUCGAUAACUUGUGGUGUGGACAAACAUUUGACUUUGCAGCUUUUGCAUAUGUGUUUAUGCAUAUAGCUAUUUACACUUUGGAUCUUUUAAAGUCUCAAAUGCGCUAGUCGGAAGUUGGUGAGUCUGGUUAUUGAAUGACAAGCCGAACGCGCAAUCUAGAUAUACAUGUGAUAAAGCUUGUUUGUCUAUUACGCGUUUAUUGCUCGUGCUCUGCUGAGGCACCGUUUAACGCCAUGGCAUGAUUUAUCUCGUUCAAAUAAAUAAAAAGUAAUUUAGGUCUGUAUCGGUUGUUUAUUCAUCAUGCAGUACAAUGAAAGUAUCUCGCAUUUCGGUUCAAUGGACGGUCCUGCAUCACUUUACGACCCUCAUGGACACAGACCAAUGUCCACUCUUACUCACAGUCCCCGCCUCAAUCCUUCUAUGCAUCAGUAUCAUCCCGUGACCGAUCACGUCAUGGGCUCAAUACCCGACGUUCACAAACGAGACAAAGAUGCUAUUUAUGGACACCCGCUGUUUCCGCUAUUAGCCUUGAUCUUCGAGAAGUGCGAGCUGGCGACGAGUACGCCGCGCGAUCCCGGCAUCGCUGGCGGUGACGUCUGCUCUUCGGAAUCCUUCAACGAGGAUAUCGCAGUCUUCGCCAAGCAGAUAAGACAAGAAAAACAUUAUUAUGUCCAAAAUCCCGAGUUAGACAGCCUUAUGGUUCAGGCCAUUCAAGUGUUACGAUUUCAUCUACUGGAGUUGGAAAAGGUUCACGACUUGUGUGACAAUUUCUGUCAGAGAUACAUUAGUUGCCUCAAGGGGAAGAUGCCAAUGGACUUAGUGAUUGAUGAGAGGGACACGAAACCGGGGGAUUUAGGAGACAGUAACGACAGCACUGGCAGUGGAGGGGGAGGUAAUCUAAAUGGGUGCGGCGGAAGUGGGGCUGGAAGAGGGGGAAGUUCAACAGGACCCAACAGUGAACAUUCAACUCCACCAGAUCAG